UUCAACUUUUCCCAAACUUAGGUGUGGCAACAAAUUCGACAUGUUUGCGUCACACCUCAAGUUGGAAACUAGCAGCUCAGUUAGUUGACCCUUUCCAACCUGGGGACUUCAAUCAGGCUCUCAUGGAGCUUGGUGCAACUGUAUGUACCCCAUUGAGUCCAAGUUGUCAUUCAUGUCCUGUAUCAGUCCAAUGUUGUGCACUAUCAAUCUCUAGAGCUGAUAGUUCAGUGCUGGUUACAGAUUAUCCAAUUAAGGGCGUAAAGGCCAAACAGAGACGUGAUUUUUCUGCUGUAUGUGUUGUGCAAAUAUUAAGAGAUGAGGAACUGUCAGAGGGACACCGAACCAACAAUGGGUUUCUUCUUGUAAAACGGCCUGAUGAAGGGUUGCUUGCUGGCCUCUGGGAGUUCCCGUCUGUCUUGCUGGCUGGAGAAGCUGACUUGGUCACUAGGAGAAAGGCAAUUGACCAAUAUUUGAAUAAACAUUUUAGACUUAACCCCAGAAACACCUGUGACAUAGUUUCCAGGGAAUAUGUUGGAGAAAAUGUCCAUGUUUUCACUCACAUUCGUCUCAAGAUGUAUGUGGAAUUGUUGGUGUUACAUCUAAAAGGUGGGAUGAAGGACCUGGUUAGCAAGCAGGGCAAAGAAACUGUGCCCUGGAAAUGUGUGGACGCCGAGGUCCUUUCAACCAUGGGAUUGACAUCCGGUGUAAGAAAGGUUUACACUAUGGUUCAAAAAUUUAAGCGAGAAACGGUUGCCCUAUGAUCCUGCCUUGGAAAGCAUGAAAUGAAAACAUGUAAAGCAUCUUGAACG